AUGAGUCAUAUCGCUGAUGAACUUGUUAAGCGAAAACAUAGCGUAACAUGGUUGGAAUUCGGUUAUGAGAAGUCAAACUUCGAAUUAAAUCAUGGAGUUAACGAAAUUUUUUGGUAUGUCAAUAGACGAGGCUCGAAGCAAGAUAAUCGUUUUUAUCGAAAUAUUUCGAUAGAUGAACUCGUAUGGCGAACAGAUUUUAUGAAUGAUGCCGAAAAAAUAUCAGCAUGGUUGACGAGUAUUGAAAUUUGUGAUCGGAUUUUAUCACAUCGGAAAUCUGAAUUCGAUGAACUGGUUAUACAAAAAUUUGACGUAGUCAUUGUGGAUGAUCUAUAUAAUCCAUGUGGAUUAUUGUUAGUUGGUCUAAAAAAGAGCACAUUUAUUUAUUGGUCGUUGACAUCAUUUCGAACUGAAACAGCAUGGGCUAAUCAAAGCCCUUUUCCACCGAGCUAUCUUCCAGUUCCUGGCACGGGGUUAACCGACGAUAUGAAUAUGUUAGAACGUAUUUAUAAUUUGGCUGCUUAUUGGCGUACUAUAUAUGUGCAUCAUCACAUUAUUUUACCUAGAGUGGAUGUGAUUUUUCAAAAAUAUUAUCCCGAGAGUGUGCCCAAUGCAUUUUUCAUCGAGCGGAAUGCCUCAAUCAAUUUCAUAAAUACACCGCUUGUUUUCGAUUUUGCUAGGCCCUACAUGCCUCGAGUAAUAUUUGUUGGUGCCAUACACUGUCGAGAGCCUCAAUCUUUAGAAGGAGCUUUAUCGGAAUUUGUUGAUGGAGCAGACGAUGCGAACGGUGUUGUUUUAUUCACUUCAGGUUUUAGUAUUGAAUGGAAGAGAGCGCCAGCAAAUAUAAUCAACGCAUUCGUAAACGCAUUCAGAAUCAUGAAUGCUACUCGAUUUGUUUGGCAAUAUAAUGGAUGGCCGAUUAAGAAUUUGCCAAAGAAUGUAUUAAUUUUAGAUUGGGUUCCACAGCAAGAUCUUCUUGAAAAAAUGUUUUUCCUAGGCCAUCCUAAAGUAAAAGCGCAUAUCACUCAUGGUGGUCUUAAUAGCGUUAUUGAAAGCGUAUGGCAUGGUGUCCCUAUCAUCGGCAUUCCAUUCACUAUAUCUGCUUAUGAUAAUAUUAUAAGGUUAACGAGUCGGGCUGUUGGCAUAUUGUUAUCGAAAAAAGAUCUCAGAGUUGAACUGAUCAUAAAAGCCCUCAAACAAAUUCGGCAUCCAAGGUAUAUGAAAGAAAUGAAUGUGUUUCGUGAUAUGGUGGUCGAUGUGCCAUAUACUGAAUUAAAUCAUUCCACAUUUUGGGUUGAAUUUAUAGAACGCCAUCAGGAGGUCCCUCAUGCCCGAUCUGGUGCCGAUGAACUAAAUAUUUUGCAAUAUUUUUUGGUUGACGUUGUUCAGUUGAAGAUUUGUUUAAGUAAAGAAGCGCUGAUUAAGAAGAAGCACAACUAG